AGAGAGAGAGAGAGAGAGAGAGAGGCAACGUAGGCUCCCCGUCAGUCAGACCUCCAUCCUUUUUCCACCCUUAUGAAUCCCUACAUGUUUUCCGGAGGAUAGGGUGAUAUAAGCGGAUUCUUUUUUCCAAAAUACUAAACUAUUGUGUGUGUUCCCCCCCCUCCCUGCGCACAUCGAUGGUAUUUGUGCGGCAGCAGACGCCCGAGCUUGCAGAGCAGGUGUGAGAGACAGCGGCGGCCGCUCCUCUCCUCCCUUUUUCCGAGGGGAAAUGUCGAGCGAGAAGCCGGUUUCAGCACCACCGGGCUCUGCUUCUUUGCUCACGGACACAGACCCGCAUCUUCCGCCGGGCUCCUCCUCCUCUGCCGCCGCCGCCGCUCAGGAGCAGCAGCAGCAGCAGCAGGUCGCCGCGGGAUCCAGCUCCGGCAGCGCCACUACCGGGGAAAGGAUGGUGUCUGCAGCCGGCUCUAUGGUCCUCCCGGCCGGGGUGAUCAACCCCGCUGUCCCGAUCAGGAAUAUCCAGAUGAAAUUCGCCGUGCUGGUGGGCCUGAUCCAGGUCGGCGAGGUUAGCAACCGGGACAUCGUGGAGACCGUGCUGAACCUGCUGGUGGGCGGCGAGUUUGACCUGGAGAUGAACUUCAUCAUCCAGGAGGCGGAGAGCAUCGGCUGCAUGGUGGAGCUGCUGUCCCACUGCGAGGUGACGUGCCAGGCCGAGAUCUGGAGCAUGUUCACGGCCAUCCUGCGCAAGAGCGUGCGCAACCUGCAGACCAGCACCGAGGUCGGCCUCAUCCAGCAGGUGCUGCUCAAGAUGAGCACCGUGGACGACAUGAUCGCAGACCUGCUGGUGGACAUGCUGGGAGUCAUGGCCAGCUACAGCAUCACAGUCAAGGAGCUGAAGCUGCUCUUCAGUAUGCUGAGAGGGGACAACGGCAUCUGGCCAAGACACGCGAUCAAGCUCUUGUCUGUGUUGAACCAGAUGCCUCAGAGACACGGUCCUGACACCUUCUUCAACUUUCCAGGACGCAGUGCAGCGGCCAUAGCGCUACCACCGAUUGCCAAAUGGCCGUACCAGACCGGGUUCACUAUCAAUACUUGGUUCAGACAGGAUCCUCUCAACAACAUAAACGUGGACAAAGACAAACCGUACCUCUACUGUUUCCGCACCAGUAAAGGAAUCGGUUACUCCGCUCACUUCGUGGGAAACUGUCUCAUCGUGACGUCGUUGAAGUCGAAAGGAAAAGGUUUUCAGCACUGUGUGAAGUAUGAUUUCCAGCCGCGCAAGUGGUACAUGAUCAGCAUCGUCCACAUCUACAACCGCUGGAGGAACUCUGAGAUCCGUUGCUAUGUCAACGGUCAGCUGGUCUCCUAUGGUGACAUGGCCUGGCACGUCAACACCAAUGAUAGCUACGACAAGUGUUUCCUGGGUUCGUCAGAGACGGCGGAUGCUAACAGGGUGUUUUGCGGUCAGCUGGGAGCCAUUUACGUGUUCAGCGAAGCUCUCAACCCGGCUCAGAUCUUUGCCAUUCACCAGCUCGGCCCGGGAUACAAGAGCACUUUCAAGUUUAAGUCAGAGAGCGACAUCCACCUGGCAGAGCAUCACAAGCAGGUGUUGUACGAUGGCAAGCUGGCCAGCUCCAUCUCCUUCACCUACAACGCCAAGGCGACAGAUGCACAGCUCUGCCUGGAGUCGUCGCCCAGGGAGAACGCGUCCAUCUUUGUCCACUCGCCACAUGCGCUCAUGCUGCAGGAUGUGAAGGCAAUUGUUACCCACUCGAUCCACAGUGCCAUCCACUCUAUAGGAGGCAUCCAGGUUCUGUUUCCUCUCUUUGCUCAGCUGGAUUACAAACAGCUCAACGACAGCAGCGUGGACACCACAGUCUGUGCCACUCUGCUGGCGUUCCUCAUGGAGCUGUUGAAGAGCUCAGUGGCCAUGCAGGAGCAAAUGCUGGGAGGAAAAGGCUUCCUGGUGAUCGGGUACCUGCUUGAGAAGUCAUCCCGGGUUCACAUCACGAGGGCCGUGCUGGAGCAGUUCCUGUCCUUCGCCAAGUAUCUGGACGGUUUACCUCACGGGGCACCGCUCCUCAAACAGCUCUGCGACCACGUCCUCUUUAACGCCGCCAUCUGGAUACACACCCCUGCCAAGGUGCAGCUGUCGCUCUACACGUACCUGUCGUCGGAGUUCAUCGGCACCGCCACCAUCUACACCACCAUCCGCCGCGUCGGCACCGUCCUGCAGCUGAUGCACACGCUCAAGUACUACUACUGGGCCAUCAACCCGCUGGAGUGCAGUGGAAUCUCCCCCAAAGGUCUUGACGGACCACGGCCGUCCCAGAAGGAGAUCAUCUCGCUCAGAGCCUUCAUGCUCCUCUUCCUCAAACAACUCAUACUAAAGGACCGGGGCGUGAAGGAGGACGAGCUGCAGAGCAUCCUCAACUACCUACUGACGAUGCACGAGGACGAGAAUAUACACGACGUGCUGCAGCUGUUGGUGGCUCUCAUGUCCGAGCACCCGGCGUCCAUGAUCCCUGCGUUUGAUCAGAGAAAUGGAAUAAGAGUGAUCUGCAAACUCCUGGCGUCAAAGAGCGAGAGCAUCCGGGUUCAAGCCCUCAAAGUCCUCGGCUAUUUCCUCAAGCAUCUCGGUCACAAGAGGAAGGUGGAGAUCAUGCACACGCACAGUCUGUUCACGCUGCUGGGGGAGAGGCUGAUGAUGCACACCAACACCGUCUCCAUCACCACCUACAACACCCUGUAUGAGAUUCUGACGGAGCAGGUCUGCACUCAGGUGGUCCACAAACCCCACCCUGAGCCCGACUCCACUGUGAAGAUCCAGAAUCCGAUGAUUUUAAAAGUGGUGGCGACCCUCCUGAAGAACUCCUCUCCCAGUGCCGAGCUGAUGGAGGUCAGGAGACUCUUCCUGUCCGACAUGAUAAAACUCUUCAGCAACAGCCGCGAAAACCGGCGCUGCCUGCUGCAGUGCUCUGUGUGGCAGGACUGGAUGUUCUCCCUCGGAUACAUAAACCCAAAAACCCCGGAGGAGCAGAAAAUAACCGAGAUGGUGUACAACAUAUUUAGGAUCCUGCUCUACCACGCCAUCAAGUACGAGUGGGGCGGGUGGCGAGUCUGGGUCGAUACCCUCUCUAUCGCACACUCCAAGGUGACCUACGAAGCCCAUAAGGAAUACUUAGCCAAGAUGUAUGAAGAGUACCAGCGUCAGGAGGAGGAGAACAUGAAGAAGGGGAAGAAAGGCUCCGUGUCCACCAUCUCCGGACUUUCGGCGACGGCGGUCCCCGUCGUGAACGGCAACCUGGAGAUCGACGACAACUCCCAGACGCAGACGCCCGAGAGUGAGGCCGAGUAUAGCGAGGGGGCCGCGGGAGACUCGCGGAACCUCCUCGCAGAAGGUGCGGUGAAGCGACCCAAUGGAGAAGCUUUGACGCCGGGGGAACAGAGUGCCGGUCCGGGAGUGAGAGUGGAGGUCCAUGACCUGCUGGUGGACAUUAAAGCAGAGAAGGUAGAGGCGACGGAAGUGAAGCUGGACGACCUUGACUUGUCCCCAGAAGGCCUCGGUGGAGGCGGAGGAGGCGGGGGAGGAAUGGAGAACGGACCUCUGGUCGAGGUGGACUCGCUCCUGGACAGCGCUUACUGCGCCGUGGUCCAGAACAUGAACGGGAAUCUGGCGCCCAAAGAUGACACGUCGACCUCGGGGGUCGGGAUGGGGACAGGCCUCGGGCUCUCGGGUGUCAGCCUGGAGGACGAUGGGAACAUGGGUCCGCUCAUCACACUGGCUGACGAGAAGGACAGCGUCCCGAGCAACAAUGGGUUUCUCUUCAGCAAGGUCGAUGAGAAGCUGCUCCCAGCUCUGGCUGCCACGGAUCCCCUUAUACUGUCGAGUCCGGACCAGCCCGCUCCACCUGGCCCGGUCCCAGCUCACUCCGGCACCAGCGCCAGCGAUGACCUCAGCCUGCUGGCCCACAUGACGAGCUGCGGCUCUGAUUUACAGAGCCAGAGUCACACUUCUGGGGAGCUUCCGGAGGACGGGCCCUUCAAGAUCCAGAGCCCCCUCGCUGACAUCAGCUCCAUCGCUGAGGCCGAGAGCCAAGCCCAGAUGCAGGGAGCCUCCAGGCCAGACUUCCCCGAGGGAGAGGGCACUGCCGGGGCCGAGGGAGAGGACGGUGCGCUCAAGACGGGUGGAGACACGGCCAGCACCACCUCUGACACAGAGAGGUCGGAUGAUGGGAAAGACAAGGACACCAAAAAGAUCCAAACUACUGCAACUACUCAGGCCCUCCACGGUCGCACCGCGGCCCAGUUGGAGCGCGACCUGCGCGUCGACCUGGGCUUCAGGGGCAUGCCCAUGACGGAGGAGCAGCGGCGGCAGUUCAGUCCUGGCCCGCGCACAACCAUGUUCCGCAUCCCGGAGUUCAAGUGGUCACCCAUGCACCAGAGGCUGCUCACUGACCUGCUGUUUGCCCUGGAAACCGACGUCCACGUGUGGAGGAGGUGGGUUCCGGGUGUUUGGAUGCGUGUUUCCUGCAAAAUGAGGCACAAAAGUACCGUCCGACAGCGUCGUGGUACAAUCUUUUAUGUCUCCCUGGUUUUCCCCGUUUAUUCCAGCCACUCCACCAAGUCUGUGAUGGAUUUUGUCAACAGCAACGAGAACAUCAUCUUCGUCCACAACACCAUCCACCUCAUUUCUCAGAUGGUGGACAACAUCAUCAUCGCCUGUGGAGGCAUCCUGCCUCUGCUGUCUGCCGCCACCUCCCCUUCUAGUUCUAAGAACAGUGCCAGCACUAAGGUGGGAGGAGCCAGACCUCAGAGGGGGUCAAAGGGAGAGGAGGUGACCCCUGUUCCUGGGGGGGGAGGCACAGGGGCAGAGACGGAGUUGGAGAACAUCGAGGCGACGCAGGGCAUGUCCUCGGAGACGGCGGUCACGUUCCUCUCGCGCCUCAUGGCCAUGGUGGACGUGCUGGUGUUCGCCAGCUCCCUGAACUUCAGCGAGAUCGAGGCGGAGAAGAACAUGUCGUCGGGAGGCCUGAUGAGGCAGUGUCUGCGUCUGGUGUGCUGCGUGGCGGUGAGGAACUGUCUGGAGUGCAGGCAGAGACAGCGAGACCGCAGCUGCAAGUCGUCCUUAACCAGCAGCAAGUCCCAGGACAGCCUCCACAGUGCCUCCACCACCAGCAAGCAGGAUCCAGACAGACUGUUGCAGGACGUCGACAUCAAUCGUCUCCGAGCUGUUGUUUUCAGAGAUGUGGAUGACAGUAAGCAAGCUCAGUUCCUGGCGCUGGCGGUUGUCUACUUCAUCUCGGUCCUCAUGGUGUCCAAGUACCGAGACAUUCUGGAACCCCAGCGGGAGAUUGGCAGGUCCACCAGCCUAUCAGGGAGAAGCAUCCGCCACGAGAUCAACUCCCCGACCAGCACAGAGCACCCGUCCACGGCCUUCUCCGACAAACAGACCCCCACCCCCGUGGACGACUCUCCCAGGGCCGGCCUCCCCCACACAGACUCCGGCAUCGGCGACGAGGGCCAUGUGGCCGGUUCCCUGAACGGCUCGGAGAUGGGUCUCGGGCUCGGCCUGGGCCUGGUCGGGAGAGAGACAGACAGAGACCGAGACAGAGACAUGGGAGGAGGAGGAGGCGGCGGUGGCGGGGGAGGGAGCACAGAUCUGUUGUGUAGCCUGUCUGAUGUCAGGAGGUCACAGGAGAGCCUUCUGGAUUCUCCACACAACCCCAGCUCCGCCUCCAGCCAAGCCCCGCCCUCGUCCAUCUCCAGCAUUAGUCAAACAAACAAAGGCAUCAAUGUCAAGGAGAUCCUGAAGAGCUUGGUGGCUGCUCCACUCGAUGGUGGGGACCUGGGCCAGGAUUCGGGGCCAACACCCUACCACCCAGACCCGGCUCUGAAGACGCACCCCAUGCUGCCCAUGCAGUUCCACUCCUUUGACAGGAGUGUUGUAGUUCCCGUCAAAAAGCCGCCACCGGGCAGCCUGUCCGUCAACACGGUGGGCACGCCCACCACCAGCGGAGCGGCCAAUGCGGGCAGCACGCCGAACAUAUUUGCCGCCGCGACGGCAACUCCCAAGAGCAUGAUCAACACGACAGGUGCCACAGACUCCGCCUCCUCGUCCUCGUCCUCCUCCUCGUCGUUUGUCAACGGCGCGACGAGUAAGAAUCUGCCGGCGGUGCAGACGGUGGCGCCCAUGCCGGAGGACACGAUGGAGAAUAUGAGUGCCUAUUGUGAGGUGGCGCAGUGUGCGCUGCGCAGCGGUCAGACGCCCCCUGAGCUCAAGUCUUUUAGCUCUCUGGCAGGCUUCCAGGCAACCCCCCGAGAUGCAGGACAGUGUUUUAGCAUCACCACCAAGCUGGAGCGCGCCCUGGAGAAGGUGGCCCCCCUGCUGCGGGAGAUAUUUGUGGACUUUGCGCCCUUCUUGUCCAGGACACUGCUGGGUAGCCAUGGGCAGGAACUGCUCAUAGAAGGUACAGGUCUGGUGUGCAUGAAGUCGAGCACGUCCGUGGUGGAGCUGGUGAUGUUGCUCUGUUCUCAGGAGUGGCAGAACUCCAUUCAGAAGAACGCCGGCCUGGCCUUCAUCGAGCUCAUCAACGAGGGAAGGCUCCUGUGCCACGCCAUGAAGGAUCAUAUCGUGCGCGUCGCCAACGAAGCGGAGUUCAUCCUGAACAGACAGAGGGCGGAGGACGUUCACAAGCACGCUGAGUUUGAGUCCAACUGUGCCCAGUACGCCGCCGACCGCAGGGAAGAGGAGAAAAUGUGCGAUCACCUCAUCAGCGCCGCCAAGCACAGGGAUCAUGUGACGGCGAACCAGCUGAAACAGAAGAUCCUCAACAUCCUGACCAAUAAGCACGGCGCCUGGGGGACGAUGUCGCAGAGCCAAUUACAUGACUUCUGGCGUCUAGACUACUGGGAGGACGACCUGAGGAGGAGAAGGAGAUUUGUGCGAAACGCCUUCGGAUCCACUCACGCAGACGUGGCGCUCAAAGCCCUGGAGGAUUAUGGUACAGAGGAGGAAGAGGAGGGCGUGAAGUCGAAAAAGACUUUCCGCAGCCAGUCGGUCGUCGCCCAGAACCCAGAGGCGGAGCUGAUGCUGGAGGGAGACGACGACGCCGUCAGCCUGCUUCAGGAGAAGGAGAUCGAUAACCUUGCAGGACCCGUGGUUUUGAGCACUCCCGCUCAGCUGGUCGCUCCAGUCGUGGUGGCUCGAGGCACUCUGUCCAUCACGACCACCGAGAUCUACUUCGAGGUGGAUGAAGAGGACUCUGCGUUCAGGACGAUGGAUGCUAAAGUGCUCGCCUACUCGGAGGGUCUGCACGGCAAGUGGAUGUUCAGCGAGAUCCGAGCGGUGUUUUCCAGACGUUACCUGCUGCAGAACACGGGCCUCGAGGUCUUCAUGGCCAACAGGACAUCUGUGAUGUUUAACUUUCCCGACCAAGCCACGGUCAAGAGAGUGGUUUACAGUCUGCCACGGGUCGGGGUGGGAACUAGUUACGGCCUCCCACAGGCCAGGCGGAUUUCCUUGGCCACGCCUCGUCAGCUCUUCAAGUCGUCCAACAUGACUCAGCGCUGGCAGAGGAGAGAGAUCUCCAACUUUGAGUACCUCAUGUUCCUCAACACCAUUGCAGGGAGGACCUACAACGAUCUGAACCAGUAUCCCAUCUUCCCUUGGGUCUUGACCAACUACGAUUCCGAGGAGCUCGAUCUCACUCUACCUGGCAACUUCAGAGACCUCUCAAAGCCGAUCGGUGCACUGAAUCCCAAGCGGGCGGCGUUUUACGCGGAACACUACGAGACGUGGGACGACGACAGCACGGCGUCUCACCACUACACCACCCUGUACUCCACCGCUCAUUCCACGCUGAUGUGGAUGCUCAGAAUAGAGCCUUUCACCACGUUCUUCCUCAACGCCAACGACGGCAAGUUCGACCAUCCGGAGAGAGCCUUCGCCGGCAUCGGCCGCUCCUGGAGGAACUGCCAGAGGGACACGGCUGACGUCAAGGAGCUGAUCCCAGAGUUCUACUAUCUCCCCGAGAUGUUUGUCAACAGUAACGAGUAUGAGCUCGGGGUACGUGAAGACACCGUCCCCGUGUGUGACGUCGAACUUCCCGCCUGGGCUAAGAAACCUGAGGAUUUUGUCCGCAUUAACCGGAUGGCUUUGGAGAGCGAGUUCGUGUCGUGCCAGCUUCACCAGUGGAUCGACCUAAUAUUCGGCUACAAGCAGCGAGGGCCCGAGGCCGUCCGAGCUCUCAACGUCUUCAACUUCUUGUCCUACGAGGGAGCGGUCGUCCUGGACAACUUAGAUGCUGCACAGCGGGAGGUUAUUGAGAUGCAGAUUCAGAUGUACGGUCAGAUCCCCUCGCAGCUGCUGAUCGAGCCACACCCACCGCGCUCCUCCGCCAUGCACCUGUGUUUCCUUCCCCAGAGCCCUUUGAUGUUUAAGGAUCAGAUGCAGCAGGACGUCAUCAUGGUGCUCAAGUUCCCGUCCAACUCGCCCGUCACGCACGUCGCCGCCAACACGCUCCCGCACCUGAGCAUACCGGCCGCCGUCACCGUCACGUGCAGCCGCCUGUUUGCGGUCAACCGCUGGCACAACACCGUCGGCCUUCGAGGAGCUCCGGGAUACUCGCUGGAACAGGCUCAUCAUCUUCCCAUCGAGAUGGACCCUCUCAUAGCAAACAACUCGGGCGUGAACAAGCGUCAGAUCACAGACCUGGUGGACCAGAGCAUCCAAAUCAACACGCACUGUUUUGUGGUCACCGCCGACAACCGCUACAUCCUGGUCUGCGGUUUCUGGGACAAGAGCUUCCGCGUCUACUCCACCGAGACCGGAAAGCUGACCCAGAUAGUUUUCGGUCACUGGGACGUGGUGACGUGUCUGGCCCGGUCAGAGUCCUACAUCGGAGGAGACUGCUACAUCGUGUCCGGCUCCAGAGACGCCACCCUCCUCCUGUGGUACUGGAGUGGACGACACCACAUAAUAGGAGACAACCCUAAUAACAGCGACUAUCCCGCUCCCAGGGCAGUACUGACAGGACACGACCACGAGGUGGUGUGUGUGUCCGUCUGUGCAGAGCUGGGACUCGUCAUCAGCGGAGCUAAAGAGGGCCCGUGUCUGGUCCACACCAUCACCGGGGACCUGCUGCGGGCUCUGGAGGGGCCAGAGCUCUGCCAGAGGCCCCGUCUCAUCUCGGUGUCCAGCGAGGGCCACUGCAUCAUUUACUACGAGAGGGGCCGGUUCUGCAACUUCAGCAUCAACGGGAAGCUGCUGGCACAGAUGGAGGUCAACGAUUCCACGCGGGCAAUUUUGUUGAGCAGCGACGGACAGAACUUGGUGACGGGAGGCGAUAACGGGGUCGUGGAAGUGUGGCAGGCGUGCGACUUCAAACAGCUUUACAUCUACCCAGGCUGUGACGCGGGCAUCCGGGCCAUGGACCUCUCACAUGACCAGAGGACUCUGAUCACUGGAAUGGCCUCUGGGAGCAUUGUGGCGUUUAACAUAGACUUCAACCGCUGGCACUACGAGCACCAGAACAGGUACUGAGGUGGACCGCUUUGAGGAGAGAGGAUAACGGAGAGGAGAGAAGAACAAAAGGGAGACGGAGACGAUGCAUUCUUCUGUGUGGGGAAACUGACAGGUACUGAGAGAGGAAGGAGAAACUGGAUCUUAGGCUCUAUUCUGUUAAGAAGUUUACUUGAUUUGAGGAAAUGCAGCAGCAGCGCUGCGGGGCGGGGCGGGGGAAUAACCUCCUCCAUCCACAUGUGAAAGAACACGACCCCGUGUGUAACCUACAGACACAUAAACACCCAGAAGACACGCGCCCCAAAAAUCUGCUUUUAAAAUAGACAAGACUGCAGAACCCGGAGGUCGCUCGUACUCGCACCACCACUCGCAGGACCGGUACGCUUUAACGCUUCACAGGUAAUGAAAACCCGAAACCUUUGCUUUCUUUUCUUUUCUUUUCUUUUCUGUUUCACUGUUUUAAAAUCUUUGUCCGAUACUUUUUUUGAGUUUGAGUAGAGGAUUAAUUCAAAUGGGUGGACGAUGAAUUUAAAACUCCUUCAACGUGAUUUAGAACCGACCCACCCACCAUUCAAACAUCGGUGCUAUUGGCUUGAUUUUAAAUUCCCUCUUGAAAAAAAAAUUGCCUGGGGUUUGAUUUUAUCUUUUUUUUUUUUUAAUAUAUAUACAUAUAUAUAUAAUUAUUAUUUUUCUUUCUUUUACCCACAGCAGGGUUAGGUUUUAGGUUGUUUUUUUGUUUUUUUAUGUACAUAAGGCUUCUGCUUCCUUGCAGAGUCUACAUUUGUUCUUUCACGACACAAACUGCGCUUAUCACCUUUAAUUUAUUAAUGACUUGCUGUAUGUAAGAUAUUGUGUAAUAAUUAUUAUUCUAAUGUUGACAAGGCUGAUGGUAAUAACGGCAGUGUCAAAGGAUCGGUGAUUGUUUUGCCACCCGAGAUGGCAACGAUGGGGUCUCGCCAGUGGACGACAACCACACAACUUACAACAUAAUUUCCUUUGUAUAUUUGGUGAUUGUUUUGUCAAAUAUGUACAUAUAGUCUUGGUCCGGGCUCGGUGGGAGACUUUAAUCAGCUGAAUAAGACUGAAACCGCAAAGGAAAAACCUUCACUUAUCCACACUUGUUGAUUAUUUUAAAGAAAAAAAGGAAAAAAAAAAAGAAUCACAUCAAUGUAAGAGUUUGUUUUGUAUUUGCACUUUGCACCAAUCACAUAUCAUUAUUUAUUCGCUUGGUUCUUUCUGGUCGGCUGCCAUUUUGUUUAGGUCCAUUUUUUUUCUUUUCUCUUCACCCGACGGGAUUAUUUGUGCAUUGAUGUUUGUAUUUAAAACGUUGAGCUCAUGUGUGAUUAUUAAGUUUUACAACCUCACCGUUGUAAGCAAUAUCAUGAUUCUGUAGCUGAUAGUGGCGGAGGGGGAGGGGGGGGAGGAGUCAGGAGGAGGAGGAGAGAGGAGGGGCGGCGUUACUGUAUGUGUGAAGCCAUCUUGAUCAAAUCCACACAUGCACAUACUCUAUCAUCACAGGUUAUGUAUCCAAAAAAAAAGGUUAAAUAUUUUUGGAUCUAUGAAACCCUUAAAAAAAACAAAAAACUAUUGUAUUCAUGUUUUAUUGCAAAGAUGUAAAAUAUGACAUGUGUGAGCUGAAAAAAAAAAAAAAUCAUGAUAAGAAAAAUAAAAUAUGCAAAGAAUUUCAUGGCUUGACUUUUCUUUCAGGGAGCGCCACGCGGACGGUGCAGCGGUUCGCUCCCGGGUUCGCGUCCUGGUCAGAACAAGGGCCUUUCUGCAUGUUCUCCCCGUGUGUGCGUGGGUUUUCUCCGGCUUCCUCCCACAGUCCAAAAGCAUGCAAUUAUGGGUAUUAAAUAUUGUGUAAAUUCUAAAUCAGGGGUGUCAAACGUACCUCCCGCGGGCAAGAACUGGCCCACCAGAGGGUCCAAUCAGGCCCGCAGGAUGAAUUUGUUAUCUAAUCCUAACGUGAAAUACUAUAUUUUUCCACUUCCAAAUACCUGCGACUAAAUGUUUGUGUCUUUAUAGAUUCAGUGUGAUGCGUAAGUGGUACAAUUAUGGGUAAUAUUGUUGAAAUUGCACUUAGUUUUUGUGGUUCUUAGGUUGUUAUUAUGCUAUUUUACUGGUCUGGCCCACUUGAGAUCGAAUUGUGCUGUACCCCUGUGGCCCCUGAACAAACGUGAGUUUGACACCCCUGCUCUAAAUGGUCAGGUGGGUCUGCUCCCACCUCCUUAAAUGCUCUCCUAAAGGCCUCAUGUCACCCCUCGACUACUCCGUUCAUCAAAGGAUAGUCGUCCGGCGGUGCCAACACCCCGCACGAGACAAUCCAGACCCUACCAGUCUAUCAAGAAGCUCUUGAAGAUCCAGCGUCCUAUAGCACUUACCGAACCCCUCGCCUUCUGCACUUGGAUCCACCUCUGCACUCUCACGCUCUGUCAGUCCACUGUAAUGUGACCCCGUCUAUGGCCCUACGUCAGCUGAGAUUGGCACAGCACCUCCCCGUGACCCUCAUGUGGAGGAUAAAGUGAUAAAAAUGGAUGGACUUUUGUUGUUUUUCCCUCUUUUUUACUUGGUGCUGCACAGAGACGAUGAGACAUCGGUGACGUGGUAUAGCAGCAUCUUAUGACUCAUACUCUAUGACUUAUGAUAAGAGGCUGAAAGUGUGGCAUAUUUUUAUGUCCCACAAACAUCUCACAGUGUUUUAUUUAUGUUGUAUUUUUUCUGUUGUCUGGCAUAGACACAGUGAGGGUGACAGCUUGCACAGAGCUCUCAUGCCUCAGAUGCCAUGUGAGCUGACAGGCAGUAGAGGCAGGAUAAUCCGUCACGCCGGUGGACCCCAAUUUAAUCUUGUAGUUUCUGACACUUU